UGCCAGUACCCUCCAAAUUCUUUGCACUUCAUAUCCACCAACAACAUUAAACCUUGGGCCCCAUUAUGUGUGAACCCAAAACAUGGAAUCCACAAUACCUUCCCCAAUCAGUACUAGGUAAUUGUCCAAACAUCCUUGCUUUCACAAAGACUUGAACAUUUUUUUUCCCUCUAUCAUUCUGUCAUUCCCCAUUUGACAAUAAACUACUACAACUUGUAGUAAAGCUUCAGUUGGUGGACUCACUUUCCACCUCCUCCAGUUUCGAAUUCGUCAACCCAAAAUUUUCUAUUCAUAUCUUUAAUUAUCACACACCCUUUUGAUUCUUGGUUCUACCCUUUUUCUCUCCCUUCCUAAACAUACAUAUAUAUGGACUAUGUAUUGUACCGCACUGUUUUUUGUUCAUUUUUGUAUCACUGUUCCAUUGAGAAUAUUUUGGGGAGUUCUUUUCCCGGACUGCUGGUGGUUGAACUUGAAAGAGUUUGCUAUGAAGAAUGGGAAGAGAAAGUUAAGGCGAGAUCAGGAAUUCAACCAUUGAGACGUCUUUCAGAUUAAGACAAAACUGCGUAAACUAUACCUUCACAUUUGAGCCUGAGCCGUUAGGUUACUUUUUCUCGUUAUUUCAAUGGAUAAUUCUUGUUGUACUAGUACCUUCACGGUGCGGGUUAUCGUGCUGAUGGUUUUAGCUUUACAGUUGCAUAAUAGUGAAGCGUUUGGGACAUUCGGGUUUGAUAUCCACCACAGGUAUUCUGAUCCAGUGAAAGGUAUUCUGGACCCUCAAAGAUUGCCCCAAAAAGGUAGUAUUGAGUAUUAUUCAGCUUGGACUCAGCGUGAUCACCGGCUAGCUGACACCGGUGAUCCUACUCCGGUGUCAGUCACGUUCGCCAGAGGGGGAAACAAAACUGUUCUACUCAGUUCUCUGGGAUUUUUGCAUUAUGCAAAUGUGACAGCGGGUACACCCGGGCAACCAUUUCUGGUGGCACUUGACACUGGCAGUGACUUAUUUUGGCUACCAUGUAACUGCAGCAGCUGUGCCCGUUCACUUGUGACGGGUUCUGGAAGUCGUAUAGAUCUCAACAUUUACAACCUUAAUACAUCCUCGACAAGCAAUAUUGUUCCCCGCAACAACACUCUGUGUGGACAAGGAAGACAAUGUUCAGCGGCACAUAGUGCAUGUGAUUAUGUAGUUGCAUAUUUCUCCAAUAAUACCUCAUCUUCAGGAGUAUUGGUAGAAGACAUCUUGCACUUACAAACAGAUAAUACUCAACAAAAAAGUGUAGAGGCACCAAUUACACUGGGGUGUGGGAUAAAACAAACUGGUGCAUUCUUGAAUGGUGCUGCUCCCAAUGGUCUAUUUGGACUUGGUAUGGACAGUAUAUCUGUUCCUAGCAUUUUGGCCAGCAAAGGUUUUGCUGCAAAUUCUUUUUCCAUGUGCUUUGGGGCUGAUGGUAUUGGAAGAAUAGAUUUUGGAGACAAAGGGAGUCCAGGCCAAGGAGAAACACCAUUCAAUCUUGAACAACCACACCAAACUUAUAAUAUUAGCUUCACAGGAAUAACUGUGGGAACUAAGAACAUUGAUGUAGAUUUCACAGCCAUAUUUGACACUGGUACCUCAUUCACAUACUUAAAUGAUCCACCUUACAGAGUCAUUACAGAGAAUUUUAAUUCUCAGGCACAAGAGCAACGUAUUCAACCUACCGCCCAUCUUCCUUUUGAGUACUGUUAUGGCGUAAGUGCAAAUCAGACUACCUUUGGAAAUCCUGAUGUAAAUUUGAUAAUGAAAGAUGGCGACCAGUUUUAUCUUUUUGAUCCAAUCAUAACAUUGUCAUUUCCGGACGGAUCCAAGGCAUAUUGUUUAGCUGUUGUCAAAAGUGGGGAUGUCAACAUCAUUGGACAAAAUGUUAUGACUGCCUACCUGAUGGUGUUUGAUCGGGAAAAGAUGGUUUUGGGCUGGAAGCCAUCUGAUUGUUAUGAUUCUAAAGAAUCCAAAAGUACUACUCUGCCAAUCAACAAGCAAAAGCCUACUGAAGCGUCUAUUCCUACCAAUGUGGGGCCUGAGGCCACCAGAGGAAACAGAAAUGGCACUGCUAGGACAACUCCAGCUUUUCCAUCAUCUACACUUACAGGAAACCAUGGAACACAGUUGAAUUCCUUCUUUUGCAUGCUAGUGAUGACUAUGUUUUCCACUUUUAGCUAUUAUUUGAUUAUUAUUUCUUCAUGAAGCAUCUCUUUACCCCUGUAUUAUAGUGACCUCUGUUUAAUUGGUCGAAUAGAAACUUCGAAGUGUCAAAAACACACCAUUUUCCCGUACUACAAUCUCUUUUUCUUUUUUAUUUUAAUUUACAACAAUG